GUUGGGAGACCACGCCCCAAAAUUCAAAAAAUUCGACCGUUGGAGAGAGAGAUACCUUGCCUUAUUAUUCUCCCUGGAAACAAAUCAAGAAACUAGAGACUUUCCAAGUUUCAUUUCCUCCCCACAAGAGUAACAAGCAACUUUCAAGCACAAUUUAAUGACGGUGGCGGCUGACGAAUCAUCCUCCGCAAGCAUCACCAUGAUCGACGAGGUAUACGAGUUCUCAGCGCCGCGAUUCUUCGAUUUCAUCAAGGGGGAAUCCGAAGAAGAUACUCGUGAGGCCGAACUCUGGUUCGACAACGCAUUAAGCUACGCGCCAUCUCCCUUUAUGCCGAGGAUCAAGACAGGUAGAUCUUUUAAGGUGGAGACAUUGUGUAAUUUUAGUGAAGUCGCAGAUGAAACGCAGAAGACCUCAGAAUCUGAUUCAGCAGCUACUCAGUGCAACUCAGUAGAUAAGCCACAAAUGGAGCCCCUGCCUGAGCCAAAGGAAGAGAAAGUUACACCUCCUGAGGCAAGGGAAGAUGACAAUGAAAAUCAGCUCAAUGGGAUUUCUAAAGCUAAUGAUGAGAAACAAGAGGGUGGGGCUGUAUGCAAUGAAGUCCUCUCUGAUGAUAGUGUACCGGCAGAAGGCACUUCUUCAGUUCAAGUAGGAAAUGAUGCUUGUACCCCUAAACCUUUGGUAAAUUGUAAAAAAGAGCAAGUGACCGACAAGAAACACCAGUCAGCUAAUACAAUUGCUAGUUUAGUAAGGAAUCGAUCGGGCCUGAAGCCAAAGAAUCAGUUACAAUCAUCACAGGCCAAAACUACCACCAAACUGGCGAGCGGGAAAAGAGAAACAAACAUCAAAAAGCCUGUAGGAACACCAAGUUUGGCACAAGAAAACCAAGCCAUUAAGCGGCAGAAGCUAGAAGGAGGAAGAUCAAGACAGAUUCUGAACCCAAAGCCACUUAAUCUGCCCCAUAAGUCAAAACUGGGUCUUGCUAGUGGUGUGUGCUCAUCAAUUGCCAAGACAUCUAACAAACUGGAAAGAAAGGUUUAUGUUCGGGAAAAGGCAGAACCAUUUGUUUCGAUGGCAGGAUUGAUGAAAAAGUUCCAGUCAAGUACAAGAGACUUAUCACUCCCACAAGCUAGUAGCUCUAAUUCAUAUGGAAAGCCUAAUCUCACAUUGACAAGGCCUAAGGAGCCAGAAUUCGAAACAGCUCAGCGAGUGAGAUCAGUUAGGGUAAAGAGCACUGCUGAGCUAGAGGAAGAGAUGAUGGCUAAAAUUCCAAAGUUCAAAGCAAGACCAUUGAACAAAAAGAUUCUGGAAGCUCCAAAACUUCCUGCAGUACCAAGAAGUGCACCAAAGCCGCCAGAAUUUCAGGAAUUUCAUUUUGAAACAAUGGCAAGAGCACAUCAGAAUGCUGAAACAUCUUCAGUAGUCUCAACAGAAGUGUCUCGUCAGAAUAACCAGUGGAAACCUCAUCUAACGGAACCUAAAACCCCUGUACUUCAUACAUCAUUGAGGGCUCGUCCUCCAAAGGUCAAAAGUUCUAUCGAACUUGAGCAGGAAGAACUUGAAAAGGCCCCUAAAUUUAAGGCAAAGCCUUUGAAUAAAAAGAUAUUUGAAAGCAAAGGAGAAUUAGGGAUGUUUUGUCAUGAAAAGAAGCAGGUUACCAUACCCCAAGAAUUCCAUUUUGCAACAAAUGAGAGGUUACCGCCGCCACCAGCAGUAGUUGAUUUAUUUGACAAGCUUUCCAUAAACUCAGAACCUCGCCACGAUCCAAUUCCAAGGAACACAACUCCAGAUCCAUUCCAUCUCCACACUGAGGAAAGAGGAGUUGAAAAGGAAAGGAAAUUUGUGAUCGAAGUAACACAGAAGCAAUUGGAAGAAGAAAGAACCAGGAUCCCCAAGGCGAACCCUUAUCCAUAUACAACUGAUUAUCCUCUGAUACCUUCAAAACCAGAGCCUAAGCAGGGCACAAGACCAGAACCUUUCCAACUGCUGAGUUUGGUUAGGCACGAAGAAGAAAUGCAGAGAGAGAUGGAGGAGAGACGUAGGAAGGAGAAAGAAGAAGCUCAAAUGAGGGUGUUCAAAGCACAGCCGAUCUUGAAAGAGGACCCGAUUCCUGUUCCAGAGAAAGUGCGCAAACCUCUGACUGAAGUUCAGGAAUUCAACCUCCAGGCAGAUCACCGUGCUGUGGAUAGAGCAGAAUUCGAUCAAAAGAUCAAGGAGAAAGAGAUGAUGUAUAAGAGAUACAGAGAGGAGAGUGAAGCUGCAAGGAUGAUAGAGGAAGAGAAGGCAUUGAAGCAAUUGAGAAGGACAAUGGUUCCACAUGCAAGACCUGUCCCAAAAUUUGAUAAUCCUUUUUGCCCACUGAAGUCUUCCAAGGAAAUUACAAAGCCGAAGUCACCAAAUCUACGUGUUCUUAAAAGGAAAGAAAGGAGAAAAAUGGUCAGUUCACUCUUCGCAACUUCCAGCCCUGCAACUCUUAUGAGAUGAUUGGCGAUCUGGUUAUGGGCAGGGUAGUUAGGGCUGUUCAAGAACUCUUGAACCUCUUUGUAUUAGUCUAUGUACUUCAUUUUCCUUUUCACUCUUUGAGGGAGUUUAUGCACUCCAUUUUGUUUCAGAGUUCAGAACAAGAACCAUUCUUUUUGACAAAUACCUACCUGUUUGUACUAAUUCUGAUACAUAAGAUUCAAUCAUGUAAAGUCUUAGAAAUUGAACGAAAAUUGCUGAUCCCUUU